AUGGGCGAAGGCAGGCCACGUGAGCGUGCACUUGUUCAACGAGGGCCAGAAGGUCAGCAGCGCCCAUCGGAGAAGUGUCCUCGACCAGUUCGGCAGGUUCUCAUUGUGAACACCCACAGCCCAGCAGCUCGGUACGCACGCUCAGAGUUGGUGCCAGCAGUGUGGACGCCGACGACGGUGAGGACCAAGAUGGAUGCACUGGAGCGGCUGUUCCCACUGAAGAUGGAGCGCUUCCACAAGCCGCCGGUGCCGCCGCACAUGGCCGUCGCCUUCGAAGCGACACGCUACCGUGAGCUGGCACCGGCGCUCAAGGACAACCAGGACGCCAUCAUGCAGCUGGCCUUCUUCUCAUCUUCCGAUGCCCCGACGGCCAAGCGCGUCGCCACCAACUACCGCGAGUUCGUCCUCGCCUCCGGGAAGACUGGUAAUGAGAAACUGGUAAUCCAGUUAGACACGACUAACAAGGUACCACUGCUUAACAUGGCAGCUCUUGGACCAUCCUACUUCAGCCUGUCACCUGAAGAGGGCAUCCGGGAUUGUGAAUACUUCUUCCCACCAAAGGAAGAAACAUUUGAGGAAGAAGAAGAGGGUGCAGAGGAGGGCGCAGCCGCAGAAGAAGGCACGGCUGCAGAAGAGGGUGCAGCGGCUGCACCAGAGGAAGGUGGAGUGCCGGCCACAGAGGUGCCUGCAGGAGUGGAGCAGGAGGCAGCCCCAGCCCCUGCCCCUGCCGCAGACGCAGCUCCAGCAGCAGAGCCGAGCUCUGAGGCAGGGGAUGGUCCAGAGGUGGCAGCUGCCACUCCACAAGAGGAGGACCAAAAGGCUGAAGGGGAGGCACCACCGGGCUAG